CGCAGGGGCCGAGCGCGCGGUCAGCAUGGCGGCGCCGGCGCGGCGGAGCGUCGUGUUCGUGACAGGCAACGCCAAGAAACUGGAGGAGGUCACGCAGAUCCUCGGGGACUCCUCUCCCUACGCGCUGGUGGCGAAGAAAAUUGACCUGCCCGAGUACCAGGGGGAGCCGGACGAGAUCUCGGUGCAGAAGUGCCGCGAAGCCGCCCGCCAGGUUCAGGGACCUGUUAUAGUAGAGGACACCUGCUUGUGCUUCAAUGCCCUGGGGGGCCUCCCAGGACCCUACAUAAAAUGGUUCCUGGAGAAACUCAAGCCAGAAGGGCUGUACAAGCUGCUGGCUGGCUUUGAGGACAAGUCUGCCUACGCGCUCUGCACCUUCGCCUUCAGCAGCGGCGACCCCGAGGAGCCCGUGAGGCUCUUCAAGGGCCAGACCCACGGAGUGAUAGUGGAGCCCAGGGGCCCUCGGGAUUUUGGCUGGGAUCCCUGCUUUCAGCCAAAUGGCUACAACCAGACCUACGCCGAAAUGCCCAAGGCGGUGAAGAACUCCAUCUCACACCGGUACCGGGCGCUGAGCGAGCUCUCCGCCUUCUUUGUCCAGAGCGCCUCUGCAGAGCCCCGCCCCGCUCCCAGCUAGCCCGAGGGAGCUCACACAGCCACACGGCAUUCCUGCGUGGGAAAGGAGCUCCGGAGAUCCCCGUGUCCGAGCCCUGCCCGGCCAGGCGGGGUGCACGUCACCGGCAGCGCCGCCGGGACUCCCUCCGCUGCGACUGCCAUUAAAGCUGCUCCUCGGAACCCA